CUUUUCUCCAGGAUGGUCGGGACCGACAGCGAAGGCAUCUAACUCUUAACUACGCUACCAAAUCCGGACGAUUAUCAGCGACGGGGAAGGGGCCCGAUUUUGUUUUUUCAAUUCCGUACCCUCCCAGAUCUCGUGUCUUUCAAAGAAUUGUCGACAGUUUUCAAUCAACAUCUCCGAGACCGCAUCGGUUGUCCUGAAGAAACCCCGACGACAAAAUGGCGACGUGCAGCUCGCACCGCUUGUCCUUGCAAGUGAUGAGAUCCUUGACGAUAAGCAAACAGUUCAUACGAAGUUUCCAUAAGAACACGGGCGCCCCUUCUCCGCCGUCACCCACUCCCUUUGUUCCUGAUGUCGAGACCUUUCUUAAGUUGAUCGGUCGUGGGAUGCACAAGCAUGCGAGCAAGCUACCUUCCUGGGAUAAGCUAUUCACUUCCAGUUCCUCUGAACUUCGGGAUCUAGGCAUUGAGCCAGCACGCCAGCGACGCUACCUGCUUCGCAAGAUGGACAAGUUCAGGCAGGGGAUCUAUGGGCCCGGUGGAGACCUGGAGAACGUGGUCGAUGGCGUUGCGCAGCUUCGAGUUGUUGAAGUUCCGACACUGAACAAGGAAACAUCGCACCCUUUGAAUUCCUCGGCCACUUUAUCUCCAGGGAUGAAAAGAGUCAUUGUCAACAUUCCGCCGGAUGCUUCUGAAUACACCCAUGAUCCCACGAAACCCCUCAAGAAGUUUGCGCGCAUGAAAAUCACUGCCGGUUCUGCUAUCAGCGGCCCGUAUCUUCAACCGAUCAAAGGAACAAAUGGUAGUGCAGCCCUAAUUAAAGUCGAGGAGGGCAUGUGGGAGGACAAGCUCGGUCACAAAGUGGACGGUGGUGAAAGGAGACGUGCUGAAGUUCGGGCUAAGAAGCGAAGCGAAGAGAGGAAGAAGGGAAACUAAGGACUACGACACAGAACACACACAUACUUGUCUUUCCCACCUCUGUUGUAUCUUAAAGUGCGCUUAUAUUGCAGUCAUGUCACAUGUAUUAUAUUUCAUAGAUUAACGGUUAUUCCGGUUAUUGACACUGUUUUCCAU